AUGAAACGUUCCAAGGGCUGGUUCACCAUGCUAAUAGUCAGAAAGGCCUACCUUCGUAUUCGACCGCACUUGGGUGAAGAAGAGUCUCCCAGCUCACCUUACUUGACACCACUCUCCGAUACUUCAGUCCGGAUGACGGACCCCCAAGACCCGCAGCAUAGCCGUUCUCGCUAUCGACCCUCAACUGUUCAGCCUUCGUCCAUUUACACAUUCUCUCACGUAUUUCUUCCGAAUACAACUCAAUCGGACUUCUUCACAAAGACCACUUUGCCACUAGUAAGGGAUGCCCUUCAAGGUCAAAAUGGUCUCCUAUUCACCUAUGGCGUUACGAACUCCGGGAAAACGUAUACUGUGCAAGGUGGUACUGAGGAAGGCACCGCAGGGAUUUUGCCCCGCACUUUAGAUGUUAUCUUCAACAGCAUUGAAGGAUUGCAUGGCGACGGGAAAUAUCGACCUGUCCGACUUCACGGUAUUGAGCCCUCAGAUCCCACCGAUUUGAAGCCACCCCAUGUCAUCCCAGAACCCUCGCUAGCUCAAGUUCUUGGGUCUUUGGACAAUCCCGCCGAACCCGAAUUCGACAUCGAUCCGACAAUCGUUAAGGUCGAUCGUAAUUAUGAAUAUACGAUCUGGAUCUCUUAUGCCGAAGUGUAUAACGAGAAAGUUUAUGACCUUUUGGCAUCCGUAAAGGGCGAAUCAAAUAAUCCCGAGGACAGUAGUUUUCCACGACCUUUAGCUGGAAAGCCUCUUCUCUUGAGCCGCCAGGCACUACCUCUUAGGCCCUCACCAGCUUCCGAUGGCAAUGAUUCAGAUAUCAACGGAAAAUAUAUUGCAGGACUCCGCCAAUUCCGUGUUCACAGUGCUUUCCAGGCAAAAGCCCUUGUGAAGCUGGGACAACUACAUCGUCGCGUUUUCGGUACCCUCGCCAACCGAGAGAGCAGCCGAAGCCACGGCAUGGUCAUCAUCAAAAUCGUGAAAGGUCACAGGGGUGAAAAAGACGAUCCCACGUCUCUCCAAGUUUCACGACUCACACUCAUCGACCUUGCCGGCUCUGAGCGAACAAAGCAUACACACACUACAGGGGAUCGCCUGAAAGAGGCAGGCAAUAUCAACAAAUCUCUUAUGGUACUCGGCCAGUGUAUGGAGGUCAUGCGCUCAAAUCAGCGCAAGAUUGCCUUAAGUCUUUCCCACGAAGGUACGGGCAAGGAUGGUCGCGUAGAUACCAGAGACGUGAAGAAAGGGCUGGCGCUUGUACCAUUCAGGCAUAGCAAGCUCACUGAAGUCCUCAUGGAUUAUUUCGUUGGUGAUGCCAGGGCUGUCAUGAUCGUCAACGUCAACCCGUACGACACUGGCUACGACGAGAACUCUCACGUCAUGAAGUUUGCUGCACUCGCGAGGGAGGUAUAUAUUACUCCGGCCCCUGCACCUGUGCGUCGUGUGCCUACGAUCGGGCCUGGCAAACUCCAAGGGACGAAAAUUAAAGAGGUUGGCCCUCUGACGCUAAAGGAUCCUGAGAUAGCUCCCCAUACGUCUCGCAGAAAAGUGACUAUCUCUAUUGCUGGACAUGGUAAUGGGAAAAAGGCUAGUGAGGCCAUCCUUGAGGUUCUCGAACAGGACGAACCGGCAGACGGACAAGACGAAGCAAAUCUGAGUGACGACGACCCUAUCAGCCCUCUUAUCGAUGCGCUGUUUGACGAAGUGGCAGAUCUCCGUAUGCAGCUCUUUGAAGCAGAGAUGAGAUGUGCUGUGAUUGAGGCGGAAACCAGGGAAGAAGUUAUGCACGAAAUGGAGGAACGUAUGAGGUCUAUAGAACAAAUGUAUUCUAGGCGACUGAUGACUGAGCUGGAACAAAACGAGAUGAAAACCGAUGCCAAGAUAGAUAUGUUACACCAAUCUGGACUGUUUGGCAGCCCUGUCAAGAAGAGCCACCUCGAUGUUGUGGAUGUAGGCAAUAGUCUCUCUGAAGAGGAGCAGGAUGUUGAAUUGAGCCUGAUCGAAUACGGCCCAGCAGAGGGGUCUGGUGAUGAAAGUGACUUUUCUUCUCGAGACAGUCGCUCCCUGUCAAUGUCGCCUCUGGCUGGAAAACAGAAGAAGCAAAACCAUCCCGUGAAAGAAAGCAUAGUCGAAAAACGCAGAUUCAUACCAGAUCCCCCUAUGCUCCCUUCGGAUACCGAAGACGCUCAACUGACUGAGACAGAGGGAGAUGACGACCUCAGCAUAGCGCUUACAGAGGUAGCGACAAGUGAAGUUGGUGAAGAUGAGAGUGGAGAUGAAUACACUAGCGAAAGUGGGGAAGACGACUGGGUCCCUCCCUCAACAUUGGGGAACAAGACACCAAAAGCAAAGGCUAAUGUGGUUAGCCUUUUACCCGAAAUCACGAACCAUGUGCCCAAGUCCCUGCCAAAGAACCUCCAGGCGUCGAUUUUGGCGCAACAAAUGGAUGGCCUGUCACUCCAGGCCAGUGGACCAGACGAUUCCGUUGUCAUCGUUCCCGUAAAAAAAUUCCGAGCACGUCCAGAGUCAGUCAAUGUGGAUGAGGACGAAGAUAAGGAUGGGGAGGAAUCACAACUUCCAAUUGUGAAGAAAAAAAAGCGACAACUUGGUAAAAACCCUGUCGUUACAGCAGAAGGCAUUGACAUGGCCACAUACGCCGUGGAGAAACGCGUCGAGAAGACGGCAGCAAGGAUGAUCAGAAGGUUAGGUGGAAAUUGA